AAACAUAGCACAAUAGCUUGCCAUAUUUGCGAUAUUGCAUCUUCAAGUUUUGCGAAACGAAAUACUCAAAAACUGAGAAUGUUGUUUUUAAUAUUGACGAAAUCUUCUGAUGUGCAAAUUAAAUUACAAGUUGUUAAUUAGCAGGAACUAUAGUACGUGCGUUAAGGACCUUGAAGGGGCUGGUUCCUCCUAAUUGCCAACGAUAUACCCCACUCUAAAUUUGUUUUACCUCCUUUGCAAUACAUUCAGUCAUUACACACACUGCAGACACUGAUAAUGACAAUCCAUGCACCAUGACAAAAAUACAAGCUCCGUGAAUACAAUGCCAAUACCCGCCUUACGUAUCAAAGUGCAUCUUCAUAUUUCUCGAAUGCAUUAACCGAAGUUACUAUUUACACUGCAAUCACGUCUGCAGACAAGAUCAUCGUCACAACAGUCCUCCUCCUUCGCAGAGCUUGUUUUUCAGUCACCUGCAAUCGAUAUUGCAUCUAGAGAUCUAGGGUCGAAUUCUUACGUUAUGUUAUCACAACAUAUUUGAAGCGAGAAGGGGCUGUCCGCUGUAAUCUUUGUAGAAAAGAACUUAUCGAAGGAGUGUUACUGGAUAAAAUCGUUGGAUUUCAAUUUUUGCCGUUUGUUUUUAUCACGUGUGUUUGAUCGGACGAGGAAAAUCUAAAACACUGGCGGAAAUCAAUUAGGAAAGGUCAACAGGUCACAAAGAUGGCUACCAGUCGACUUGGAGUGAAAACAUUGCUAGCCUUUUUAUUUAUAGGUGCUGUCUCAAGUCACACGAUCUUAGAGGAAUACCACUGCAAAGAUAGUGAAGUCGAGUAUGGAAUGUCACUCAAAGGGGGCAAGAAAGCAGGAAUAUUUAGAAGUUUGGGAACAGUGAAAAAUGUUCAGGAAUGUAUAUACAAAUGCUGCAAGCAAGAGUAUUGCGAUGUCGCCAUGUUAGAAGGACAAGGUAAAAACUGCAUUGGUGUUCGGUGUGCCAAUGAGAGUUCGUGUGAAACAGUGCCGCAAAUGUAUGGCGAGUAUGAAGACCUCCAAAUUGCCCAUGUCUCUGGAAGAGGAUUGAAAAACAUCCAAGUAGAUAAUAAAACGCGGACGUUGAAGACAGACAGUAUCGAAGACAAAUGCCCACAUAAUGAGAUAAUGUAUAACAUGAAACUUGCUGGUGGCCUAAAAGCUGGAAGAUUUACUGAUAUUGGAAGAGUCAAAGGAAUCAAUACUUGCAUCAAAUACUGUUGUGAUUCCAAGGUUGACUGCGAUCUAGCUUUUAUGCUUGGAAAAAGAUGUUUCCUUGUUAAAUGCUACACCGAAGAAAAAUGUCAAACCUUGCCUGCUACGGGAGCAGACUACAAAUUCAAGCAAAGAAUGGCAUAUGUUUCGCCGUGGCUUUUUGGCAAAAAGAAAAAGAUUGUGAAAGUGCCAUCAUCUCUGUUUUCUCAUCACGUCGAGUGCAUCCAGUCCAAGCUUUACACUGGUUCCCGGUUGGCCAAAGGCGGCGAUGCAGGGGAUUAUAAGGAUGUUGGCAAGGUAGGGAAGUCACAUAUCUGCACAAGGCUUUGCUGCGAAAACCCGGACUGUGAUGUUGCCUACAUGUUUGGGCGAAACUGUUUCCUGGUAAAGUGUUACAGUGAAGAGAGCUGCCGAGUGGUACCUGAUGAAGAAUUACAGUACACAGGACAGGGCGAGAGAAGGGACAUUCAAUUCGACAAACAAGUGCAGUACAUCAUUAAACGAAAAUUUGGAGUGAAGCUGCGACCAGACGGCACUGUAAUUCAUCCCGAUAAAAAAUGCACAGUGGAUGGUGAGAUCCGAAAUAAGACGGUCCUAGCUCGAGGUAUGCUAUCAGGGACGGUCAAAUUACAGAAAGGUCUUACGGAUAUGACUAAGUGCAUUGAUAAGUGCUGCGAAGAGAAGCGUUGUCAUGUAGCACUGAUGCUCGGAAAACUGUGUUAUUCCAUGGAAUGCGCAAACGAAAAUGCUUGUCAACCGAAAGAAGCGCCAAAAAGCAUCAUCGAAAAGAGCCCAACGAUUGCUUACGUCAAAAGGGGAGAAAUAUCAAUGGCACCAAAGUCUCAAGGCAUCUCAAUAGCCAAGUUUGCCUCCAUGGACCAAGCUGGAACUUAUAUUGUCCAGAAAGGAAACUAACGAAUGAUCGAUUAAUCACCGGUUUGCAUCUUCACCGUAUGUAAAUUUACCACUGCAGCAGUGUAUUUAUGAUAUUUUGGUUUUGCAAAAAAGUGACAGACUUGACAAAGAUUCUUUACACUGUGAAGAAACACCUUUAAUUGCAAUAUUUUCUUCGGAAGAGUAGAUACUGAUAAUCAAACAACACAAUCAUAUAAUGUGGUAUAAAUAUUAUUCAACAAUAAAUGAAUUUUUAAAUAUUUACACCGUAAAUAUCUGUUGUAUAGUAGACAUAAAAUAUUAACGAGCUUGUCUGACAUUAGAAGUGGUUAAAAUAUUUUACUAACUAAAACAUUUUAUGUCAGCAAAUGAUUAUUGCUGUUAUUUACGUUUAUCGUCAUUGUUGUCUAAUCUUUGUUUGUAUAUCAUAUAAAUCUUGUUUCAAAAGUAUGCUUCUAUACCUAAACAUCCUAAAUGUACUAAUUUAUUCAAAAUAAAUUCAUGAUUAAAAUAUAUGCAUUUCUGCAUGUUAAAUUAAAUAACAGGAAAUGAAAAACUUAUGUAUAUGUUACAUAACUGCUAUUUAUUCUACUACAGUUGAAUCAUAUGUUAUCAAUAUUAUAUGUCAUUAAAUAUUUGCGACCCAACUAACGCUUAGUUGAUGAUAAUGAGAAUAUGGUAUCAAUAGUACUUUGUAUCAACGUGCUAUAUUUUCCAAAAGAAAGACGAUAACAAUGAUGUCUUAUUAGACAUCAAAGAAAAUUAUGUAAUAAAAAACCAGUAUUUCUCGUAUUUCUUUUUGUACAACUAAAUACACUGUAUUUCAAAAUCUGUAACAUUAAUAGCUGUAUUUAGAAAAAAGAAAUAUGCAAAAGUCCAAAUGCCUCUAUUUUUGAUAAACGUAUAAAUGCAAUCUAUCUGUCGCCAAUUUUUUUUGUCUCAUAAACUGAAAAACAAAAUGUGUAGCUAAUUCAACUUUUUAAGAGAUUUUUUUAAAGUGAAUUGAAUAAACCCUACUAAAAAUACUAGCCUCUCAUCAGAAGAAAUCUUACGAAAUGCAGUAAAUAGAUUUAAAUUUCCAUAACAAAUCCUAUAAAAUUGAUAUUUUAAACAAAGCAUUUUUUGUAAUAAUGUUCGAAAUUUGUAAAAAUCUGCUCACAAAAGCAAACUGGAUGCAGAAACUUUGUUUCAAAAUGUUUAUAUGAUUUUUUAUAUUUUUGUAUUUAAUGACGUUCUUAGGACCUUGAUAGAAAACAAUGACAUUUCUCAAUGAACAAAGGCUUCUAGCUUGUAAGGUUUCAAAGAUUAAAAGGAUGAUACACCUUGCAAGACCCAAUCUUAAUAAUGACCAAAACCUUUAGUUUCUACUCAUUAGAUUGUCUUUAUUAGUAGUAUUUGUUUCGUUCUACGUCAAGGCAAAGAAAUACAUUUUGACAAAGGCAUUACAAGAUUCAGAAGUUUUCUUUGGCUACAAACACAACUGGCUAUAAUCGU